AGAUAGGAAGAGAGACUUUGCUGCAAGAAAGCAUUUUUGCUGGAUGGGAGAAAAACAACCAUGGAAACUCCAUCAGAGGAAAACCAAGACCAGUGGCAGGACAAAAGAGGUUGCUUUGAGUGCUGCAUUAAAUGUUUAGGCGGGGUGCCGUACGCGUCGCUGGUGGCGACGAUCCUCUGCUUUUCGGGAGUUGCCUUGUUCUGUGGAUGCGGCCAUGUGGCUCUCACUGGCACUGUGACCAUCCUGGAAACCCACUUCUCCAAGGUCACCAGUGACCACGCCAUGCUGACUGAAAUAAUACAGCUGAUGCAGUAUGUCAUCUAUGGCAUUGCCUCAUUUUUCUUCCUGUAUGGGAUCAUCCUGCUGGCCGAGGGCUUCUACACGACCAGUGCAGUGAAGGAGCUGCACAGUGAGUUCAAGACGACCAUCUGCGGACGCUGCAUCAGUGGAAUGUUUGUGUUCCUCACAUAUGUUCUGGGCGUGGCCUGGCUCGGCGUGUUCGGCUUCUCUGCCGUGCCGGUCUUCCUCUUCUACAACAUGUGGUCCACCUGCGCUGCCAUGAAGUUUCCCAUGACCAACCUCACCAACAUCGACUCCAUCUGCGUGGACGUUCGUCAGUAUGGAAUUAUCCCAUGGAAUGCCACGCCAGGCAAGGCCUGUGGGUCGACACUAGGUGACAUCUGCAACACCAAUGAGUUCUACUUGUCCUAUCAUCUGUACAUUGUCGCGUGCGCUGGGGCAGGAGCCACUGUGAUCGCUCUGCUGAUCUACAUGAUGGCUACCACUUAUAACUUUGCCGUUUUGAAGUUUAAGAGUCGAGAAGACUGCUGCACUAAGUUUUAAAACUGUUUUGAGGCUGCACUGAGUAGAGACAGUUGCCACUGACAACAAAUGAACUAAAAAAAACAACAACAACUCAGAAUAGAAGAGAGAGAAAAAAAAAAAAUCAAAAUUUCUGUAAUAGUAAUCAUAUGAAGUGUACAUAGGUGGUAUGUUUCCUUUAGCAUUUAGUAUCCAGGAAUAUUUCUUGCCUGAGGAGAGUUAUCUUCAGUGGGAGGGUGGGCUUUCACUUGACUGGUUUGUUCCCGCUUUCCUUGGCACUGACUUACAGAAAUAUGUCACAGAUUUUAUAGAAACGUGCACAGCUACAAAUCCACACUAGUGUUAUUUAUAUUCCUAAUAUGAUUAUUUAGCAUGCAGUAUUUCUGUUAUUAAGAGGACAGGCAUAAUCAGUUGACCGCUAUCAGAUUGAAAGAUAUCAGUGCAAGUUGUUGCACACAAAAACAAUAAUAAAAUAAAUCUAAAUGUAUCUAGACAUAGACUGCACCGUCCCCAUACAGAUAUACAGUAUAAAUAUGUAAAGUAUACAUUUUUGAAAUGAAUCCACAUGGACAUUUGAUGACAAACACUGUCAGAUUAGCAGAUUUGGUGAAGAUUAAUGCUACUCACUCACAUAAUUUGUCCUAAUGGCAGAGGGGCAGUGGUCAAGUGCUGUCCUGAUAUUUCUUUGGUUUAUUGGACUCAAAUAUUUGGUACCAUGAAAGUGUUAUUUUUUUUUCCCUGUCACGUUAGAAUCUAAAAAAACAACUUUAUCCACUGUAAUAUAAUGCAAAUAAAUAUUAUGGUGACCACUUGUGUAUUGUAGACUUCAGAGUAACUGCACAUAUCUAGCACAGCACAGUAUUGAGGGUUAGGCCAGUACCAGGGUUACACUUCUGUAUGAGGCCCUAAGCCUCACUUUAAUUCCAUGUAUUUUACAAGAGAAGAGAUUUUCCUAUUUCAAAGUAGAGGAUUUGUUUGUUUUUUUCUAUGAGAGCUGACGCUGGUAUGGCCUCAGCUAUAAAGUUGGUGGUUGGUUUCAUACAUUUUCCUUUUAUUCUUUCUCAAAGUGCCAUUAAAGAGCCAUUUGUUUUUAUCUUAA